AUGUCACUAGAUAAACGAGAUGAGUUAAAGGAUCUCAUUAAAAAAGCUGCCGCCAAAGAUGCAAUCAAAGACUACAAUACUGCUUCAGAUCUCUAUUCCCAGGCCACAGAAAUACAGGCAGAACUGAAUGGCGAGCUUUCACCUGAAAAUGCCGAUCUUCUCUAUUCCUAUGGAAAAUCUCUUUUCAAUGUUGCUGUGAGCAAAAGCGACGUACUAGGAUCCAAAGUAGCUGGUGAGCCUCAGACACCGUCCAAUCAUCCUGAGCCAGCAAUUUCUGGCGAAAGUACGAUCAAGGAUGCCAUUUCGAGUGCGAGAUCGAAGAAUUUCCCAUCUACAAAGGAAGAGGAUACAUCGAAUGCUGGGCCCUCAAAACCGCUUUUUCAAUUUACCGGCGAUGAGAACUUUGCCGAUUCCAACUCGGAAGAUGAGGAUAAUAGCGAUACUGGGGAGGAGGAAGAAGAAGAGGAUGAUUUUUCCAAUGCUUUUGAGGUUCUGGAUUUGGCCCGCGUUCUAUACCUCAAGAAACUGGAGAUCGCCGAGGCAAAUACCAGCACCAAGGACAAAUCAACUUCACUUCCCUCAGACACGAAUCACAUCAAGGAGCGACUUGCCGACACUUAUGAUCUUCAGGCUGAAAUUUCACUGGAAGCAGAGAGGUUCAGCGAUGCUGUUACUGAUCUGCGAACGGCACUAGACCUAAGAUAUUCUCUCUUCCCGUUCGAAGACCCCGCCGUGGCUGAGUGCCACUACAAACUUUCGCUUGCCCUUGAGUUUGCGUCAGUCCAACAGCAAGAAGGUGAUGACGAUGAGAGCAAAAAAACGGUGGAUGAGAAGAUGCGAAAUGAGGCCGUCAGUCAAAUGGAGCGCGCGGUCGAGAGUUGCAAGGUUCGGAUGGCCCAAGAAGAGAAGAAAAUAUCAAGUGAGGAUAUGGAUGAGGAUAAAGCGACUGCCGCGAAGAGGAAGAUUGUCAAUGUUAAAGAAAUUAUCGCCGACAUGGAGCAACGACUCAUCGAUCUUCAGGCGCCAGUCUCUUCUCAGGAUAAUGAUAAACAGAAUGAGGCUUUCCUCAAGGGUAUCCUCGGUCAGAUGGUAGGCCAGACGCCUGCAGAUAAGAAGGCUAGCCUGGACGCUGUCAGUAAAAAUGCUACCGAUCUCUCAUCUUUGGUUAGACGAAAGCCUACCAAUCCAUCCCCGUCAACGGCCUCAUCCAAACGACCUGCAGACAAUUUGCCUUCAGAAAGUGAUGCCAAGCGCACGCGCGUGAACGGCAACUCUUCACACUCUUAA